CAUGCCCAGCCUUUGUGUCACUGGAAAUCAGCCAUGAUGGAGUGACCAGCACCCCACUGUGUCAACCCUUGAUGACCAGCAGUCUGGCCUUCAUCAAGCUCCAGCUACAGCGGCCAGAGGUGGCCACUUGUGUGACCAUCCGUCUGCACAAAGCACGCGACUCUAUGACGAUUGGUUUGUCACAGAUCCAGCUUGUGGGCUACAGCGCCUUCGGGGACACUGGCAACGCCCCACAGAACAUUUUCAUGCCUACAGAGGACUUUGUGUCCAGGUCUAGUGUGCGAUGGAUCCGCCUGCUUCACCAUUGUAUGACUGCCCACAAGGAGGUAGAGAGCCAAGUGGCCGCAGCAGCUGCCUGUACUCCAAACCUUCUUAACACGUGCUCAGCCCUUUUGGUCUCUCCCAUGUCAAAUGUAUAUGCCCCCAACAUAGAGAAUGUACUGCUCAAUCUAGGACUACACUCUAUUUCCAUGGGCCUGGCUCUCAUAGACAAUAUACUUCGGAGUCCACUUGGUCAAGCUGAUGCCAAUUCAGGGAUCACCACCCCCUACCUAGGUAAAGUGAGUGGUUUAGCCAAUGACUCGACAGUGGAACUGCUCUACCAGCUUAGCACUGUGCAAGACUCCGGCACAAAACACAGAGUGAAGGCGUUGCUUGACUGGCUAAGAGACAGUGCAAGAUUAAGUUUACAGAGGACCUCCAUGUACUCCGCUGAAGGUUACAUCCGAGGGUCACCCCUUUGUCUGCCAAGCCCCGCUCCCUCACACAUCCAGUGUGUGGCGUCUGUCUUGUGGUACAGUCAUGAGGCUCAAGUGGAAUACAACCUGUCUGAUCUCAUUACAGUAGAUCUUGUCAGUGCAUUGUAUGAGUGGUCAACAGUGUUAAAGUCUGACUCGGCACUGAAGAAGUCUGUUAACUAUGUCCUGUGUUCUGUGUGUCACAUCAAUCCCGAGUAUUUCUCCCAGCUGCUCACCUGGAUGGGUGUGAUUGUUAAUGAUGAGGUCAGCAUGACGUCCUCAGUGUGCGAUGACCGAAAGGAUGGAGGAUCACAUCUACACCAAGAAUGUCUGACAGAUGACUCCAAGGAAGCUAACAGUAUACAGCGGCAGCAGAGUCUGGGGACAGAUAGUCCUGUGGUGGAGGACAUCCCUGUACCAGGCUUCCGUCACAUCGUGUUGGAGGAGGCUCACCUAUCUACACUCUCUCUGGCCUGUAAAUCACCUGUGGCUAUCAAGCAGUUACUUGAUUCUGGAUUUCCAGCUGUGUUGGCACAAGGGUUAUUUGAGUUCUGUAGUAAGGUGAUGUCACACCUCACGGAUGGCUUUGUGAAUUUAGAAGGACUUACAGACACUAGUAAAACAAUGAAUGAUGAUGCGUCUACUUCAAAGGUCAAUGGGGACAACGGCAAUGAUACAGACAAUAACCUGUGGAUAACUGCAGACAUAGUAGCUGCAGUUCUCCAGUUUUUCUCAGAGGUGUCAUCAGAGCCUCUUAUGAAGGACUGGCUAGGAGGAGCCGAGGGCAACAUUUUCUGGCCAGCCAUCCUCACAAUGUUGUGCAAUACCCCAGUCCAGGCAACUGCCAUCAGGAAAAACUCUAACCAACGGAUUGAGUUGAUGUCUCUGGAGGACAGGACAGCUAUAGAGACAGCAGCUGUGCGAUUCUUCACUCAGGUCACGUCAUGUCACAUUGUUAACCAGCUGUUGUUUGCCAAAGUUCUGUGUGAGGUGGUCAAGGAGCAGAACUCCACCUCCAAAACUGGUAGGUGUUAUUAGUCAACAGAUCUAGAU